AUGGGCUUCCCCAACUUUGUGAAGAAAGGAGGAGGCGCCGCCGUUCGAGGGAGGAGACGCUCCCGUUCGAGGGAGGAGGCGCCGCCGUCCGAGGGGAGGAGACGCUCCCGUUCGAGGGAGGAGUCCCGUUCGAGGGAGGAGGCGCGCCGUCCCGGGAGGAGACGCUCCCGU